CGCGCUUCCACUCCCGUGUUAGUUUCUCGUUAAGCCGCGACGAGAGAGGGAGGAGUAGACGCAAUCCCAUCGCAUCGAGCCCAGCAGCGCGAGAGGAAUAACCCUCCCGGCGAGAGGAGGAAGAAGAGAUCGAGGUGGGUCCCACGAUGCAGGCGCAGAGGUCCCCGGCGAUGGUGGGGGGAGGCGGCGGGUCUGCGGCGGCAACGACGACGCCGAUGGGGAUGCCGUCCCCGGCGACGGUGCCGGUGAGGCGGCGGUGCGAGGGUACGGCCAUGGGGGCCAUCACCCUCGACCUCCGCCCCGGCCUCGGCGUCGGCCCCUUCACUCUCGGGAUGCCGAUUUCUGAUGCGUUUGCGCAGAUCGAGCACCAGCCCAACAUCUACGACGUUGUCCACGUGAAGUACUUUGACGAGGAACCUUUGAAGUUGGAUUUUGUAAUAAGCUUUCCGGACCAUGGGUUUCACCUACGCUUCGAUCCUUGGUCACAGAGGCUCCGUCUCAUAGAGAUUUAUGAUGUUAAGAGACUGCAAUUGCGAUAUGCAACAUCUUUAAUUGGCGGUCCGUCAACAUUAGCCACCUUUGCGGCUGUUUAUGCACUAUUUGGACCAACUUUCCCUGGUAUAUAUGACAAAGAGAGAGGCAUUUAUACGCUGUUCUACCCUGGCUUAUCCUUUGCAUUCCCUAUCCCCAGCCAAUAUACAAAUCUCUUCACCAAUGGGGAAGCAGUGGCAGACUUGCCUUUGGAGUUUCCAGAUGGAACGACCCCUGUUACUUGCCGGGUUUCUAUAUAUGAUAGCUCGACAGACAGCAAGGUUGGGGUUGGAUCAUUGAUGGACAAAGCAGCUGUACCUGCAUUGCCUGCUGGCAGCCUGUAUAUGGAGGAAGUGCACGCAAAGCUUGGCGAAGAGCUUUGGUUCACAAUAGGGGGCCAACAUAUUCCUUUUGGUGCAUCACCACAGGAUGUUUGGACUGACAUGGGUCGUCCGUGUGGUAUCCAUCAGAAGCAGGUUGACCAAAUGGUAAUACACUCUGCAUCAGACCCCCGCCCUCGGACAACCCUUUGUGGGGAUUACUUCUACAACUACUUCUCCCGUGGAAUUGAUAUCUUAUUUGAUGGACAAACACAUAGGAUAAAGAAGUUUGUUUUGCAUACAAACUUCCCUGGUCAUUCAGAUUUCAAUUCAUAUAAGAAAUGCAACUUUGUUAUAUAUGAUGCCGAAGCUGAAGGUACAUAUCAGCCUGGUAAUGUCUCCAAGAAUUGCAUAACACCUCGUACAAAAUGGGAACAAGUGAAGGAGAUCCUCGGUGAUUGUGGUCGAGCUGCAAUCCAGACACAAGGCUCCAUGAAUAAUCCAUUCGGAUCGACUUUUGUAUAUGGAUAUCAGAAUAUUGCUUUUGAGGUGAUGAAAAAUGGAUAUAUUGCAACUGUCACUCUCUUCCAAUCAUGAGUGUGCUACUUGUGGUGCUGCUCUGAAUUCUGACUGCAUUAAUGGUUGGACAAGGCUGGUUAACCUACACUUCUCCAUAAUGGAACCUUCAGAAAUAAGUUGUUGGCUUUUGGCAUGGAAUGCAGCUGCGCAGUCAGUAUGGAUCAGCAUCACAAAGUGUAAUUAUUCUGUAGAUGCCACUCAUUGUACAGGAACUAACUGUAUUCAGCGACCUUACCUUCUGUACAUAAAUGAUCUUUAUUUGUUGAAAAAAGAAAUGUGCAUGCCACACCAGUACUGUUUAAAUCAA